AUGCUUUCUUUCUUUCUUUCUUUCGUUCUUUCUUUCUUUCUUUCUUUCGUUCUUUCUUUCUUUCUUUCUGUCGUUCUUUCUUUCUUUCUUUCGUUCUUUCUUUCUUUCUUUCUUUCUUUCUGUCGUUCUUUCUUUCUUUCUUUCUUUCUUUCUUUCGUUCUUUCUUUCUCUCUUUCUUUCUUUCGUUCUUUCGUUCUUUCUUUCUUUCUUUCUUUCUUUCUGUCGUUCUUUCUUUCGUUCUUUCUUUCUUUCUUUCUUUCGUUCUUUUUUCGUUCUUUCUUUCUUUCUUUCUUUCUUUCUUUCGUUCUUCUUUCUUUCUGUUCUUUCUUUCUUUCUGUCGUUCUUUCUUUCUUUCUUUCUUUCGUUCUUUCUUUCUUUCUUUCUUUCUUUCUUUCUUUCGUUCUUUCUUUCAUUCUUUCGUUCUUUCUUUCUUUCUUUCUUUCUUUCGUUCGUUUUCUUUCUUUCUUUCUUUAUAUUUUCCCAGUCUUUCUUUCGACUCUUUGCUCCCCCGUCUCUCUCUUUCGCUGUCUCUUACUCUUCCUUUCUCCCACGCUUUCUUUCCCUUUUCUCUCUCUCUCUCUCUCUCUCUCUCUCUCUGCUGACCUCUUUCUUAUUUCUUUUUUCUCUCACUUCCUCUUUCCUUCUUUCAUCAUUUUUUCUCCUCCUUUUUUUCUGUCUCCUUACCCUCCUUCUCACUUUCGUGAUUUCGCUCUAAUUCCGCUACCCUUAUUUCUCUCUUUCUUUCUCGCUUUCCCCCCCUCUCUCUCUCUCUCUCUCUCUCUCUCUCUCUCUCUCUCAAUUAGUUUUUCUCUUACUGUCUUGCAUUAUUUCUACUCCCCAGAUUUUCUCGAAUUCAUUCCCCUCCUUCCCUCUCAAGAUCUUCAUAUUCCUCUUACUUACCCCCUCUCUUUUUCUUUCACUCACUCUUCGUGA